UAUAAAAUAUAAAAAAAUAUCAUAUUUUCAAAUAACUAAAUAGAUUAAAUAUGUAUAUUAUGUUUGUUCUUAUCUAUCCAUAUUUUCUAUGACCAAGUUGAUUUGGAAACAGCUAUAAUAUUGUUCCUCAAAGCUGUGAAUAAGCACAUUAUUGAGAGAAAUCAGAGGAUGAGUGGAGCAGGAAAAAUGGUGUGUGUUACAGGAGCUUCAGGUUACAUAGCUUCAUGGCUUGUGAAGUUGCUAUUAGAACAUGGAUACACUGUCAAAGCCACUGUCAGUAAUCUAAGUGAUCCAAAAAAAACAGACCACUUACUUGCACUAGAUGGAGCUAGAGAAAGACUUGAUUUGUUCGAAGCAAAUUUAAUGGAAGAAGGCUCUUUUGAUUCUGCAAUCGAUGGAUGUGAUGGUGUUUUUCACACAGCCUCUCCUGCAAUUCUUUCAGCUACUGACCCUCGUGCAGAAAUAAUAGAACCUGCAGUUAAGGGAACACUGAAUGUUCUGAGGUCAUGUGCUAAAGUUGAAUCAGUAAAGAGAGUGGUUAUAACAUCUUCCAUGGCUUCAGUUUUAUACGAUGGAAGAAAAGUUCUUACCUCUGAUGUGGUUGUUGAUGAGACUUGGUUUUCUGAUCCUCUUAUCUGUGAGAAUAGGAAGCUUUAUUAUCCACUUUCGAAAACUCUAGCAGAGGAGGCAGCUUGGAAAUUUGCAGAAGCAAAUCGAAUCGAUUUGGUCACUCUUCAUCCAGCAGCUGUACUUGGUCCUCUUUUGCAGCCAAUUAUCAAUAGUAGUGUGGGGAUGAUUAUGACACUUGUAAACGGACCUCAAACAUUUCCAAAUAAAGUUUUUGGAUUUCUUGAUGUUAGAGAUGUUGCAAAUGCACAUAUUCAAGCAAUGGAGGUUGCUUCAGCUAGUGGAAGAUACUGUCUAGCUGGAUGUGUUGCACAUAUUUAUGAUACUUUGAAAAUUUUAAAAGACCUCUACCCUGCUUUCAACAUUCCUGAAAAAUGUGGAGAUGAGCAGCCUCUCAUGGAAAAGUUCCAAGUAUCAAAGUUGAAAGCAAAGAGUCUGGGAAUCAAUUUCAUUCCUUUGGAAGUGAGCUUGAGAGACACUGUGGAAAGCCUGAAGGAAAAGGGCUUUUUUUUAAAAUCUGAUAUAUGACAUUAACAACUAUAUUUAUAUAUGUGUGUAAUGUUUUUGUGCAAAAUGUAUAUGCGCCUAUCAUUAUUCUCUUUAUAUUGGGUUUGUAACAUUUGCCAACCUAAUCGAGAUGCCAUGCCAACUUAUAACAUCAGAGAUUAUUAUUUAUUUUAUUUUG